UGCUUGGUUUUGAAUCAUACAUGCUUAUUGCACAUACUAUAUUAUUCUCGUAUUCCAUGAAGGGAAGGAAAUAUAUGCAUGCAUUUGAGAAAUCAAUUUAUUGUAGUUAAUAAUAAACAAUAGGCUUUGCAGAAAUAGUUGCAAUUCUGUGCAAAUGUGUCAGUGUCACUCUGUAUGUUGUGCUCGUUUGCUUAUGGGGAAGAGAGAGAGAGCACAGAAACAGGCUUUAGUCAUUGUAAAGGCAGCAACAGCUCUGUUUGGAUUCAUGUCUAGCUUAGGACUCCCUAGACUGCCUCUUAAAGGGGCAGGCGCCCAUAUAAAAGGUCGUUAAGUGCAGAGAGGAGCUGCUUACAGGCGCUAAAUGGACAUGACUGAAAAUCCUUUGAGUAUAUAAAAACGUUAUGUGAGGAAAGAAGUUAAUAUGAGCAUUUCAUUUCAGAGCCGUUAUGUUUGUAUUUGUAUGCAUAAUCACUGCUACUGUUUCAGUCAUCUCUGAGAUGACAUCAUUGUAAAAGGUGUCACAGCACCCUGUACGGACCAAUAGCCAUCAGUGAGAGAUGAUUCCACAUGAAGCACAUGGAUCCAUUCACGAAAAGAGUCCUGACAAUGGGCAAGACUAUAGUAAAAGUGGAGCAAAGUAAUAGAACAAUGAAAACCUUGACAACUGAGUUCUACUUUGAACUUUAAAACAUCCUGAUCAAGACAAGUGGGUUAAAAUACAGGACAAGCUCCAAGACCAUGAAGUCUAACCAGGAGCGUUGUAAUGAAUGCCUUCCGCCAAAAAAGCGGGAGAUUUUAGCUCUGGAAGAGAAGCAGGUGCUGGUGUCAGCUGCUGUUAGUGAGAGCCAGAGUGGAGAGAAUUUGGCUUGGCUAGCCAGUGUUGCUACCAUGGCUAGCAUGGCCCACAUCCCCACCAAUGCAGGCCCAUCACAGAGCAACAGUGCUGAGCCUGACAGCCCCCCACCAUCAAAUAAGGCUCUCACUGUGGUGACGGAAUAUCCUCCAACUACUACAUCUGCUGGCUUUUCAUUCUCUUCCAAUAGCUCCACAUACAAGGGAGUUUUCUCUGGGCCUACCGUGCUAACAGCCAAUCCUGCGGUUCUCUCCACAAGCCUUCCUCAAACCAUAGGCUCCGUCCAAUACACACAACUUCCCCCCAAUCUCCAGCUCAUAGGGCCCUAUACAAGUUAUAUCUCUUCACAGAUUGUGCCGUCCACAACCAGUCCAACACAGCCACGGAGGACGCCACAAGAGGUUUUGGCCACAACAGCUGUCAUCUCCCAAGCAUCCAGCCUUGAUUCACAGAAUCAUCAUGUGAUUUCUUCUAUACCAAAUGUUUCCCAUAGUCAAUGCAUCCAGGUAGAGAGUGCUCCUUUGGGUUUGACAGUGUCCUCCCCUUCUGCCCAACUUCCCAUUCAAAUCCAUCCACAUUCAGCAGUCCUUGCCCCUCAUGCCCUGGCCCUCGCCCCCUCUCAAGUGGUUCUACACUACACAGAUGGUUUCAUUGCAAAGCAACCGGACUCCCAUCCCAGAGAGAUGCAGAAUGGUACACUAGGAGAGAUUUCAAUGGUCAAGCACAGUACUGCCAAAGGGAUUCCUAGCCAGUCAGAAGGUGACCAAAACCACAGGCAAAACCACAACCUGGGCCUCCAGACCCAAGCUCAGGUUCUGCUUCCAGCAGACUACAGCACUCAUGAGAGAACAGGACUGCAGACAUCGCUGAUGUUGGUAUCCAGUAGCCACCUUGCAGCAAACAGCAACUCAGAGCUCCAAAGUAUCUUGGGUAAGGACCACUCAUCGUUGCACCUUGCUGAGAGAGGAGGGAUCUGCAUAGGCAAACCAAUGUCCAGAGUGUCCGCCCUUACUUCCUCAGACAGCCAAGUUUCUCCGGCCUCCACAAUCUCCCCGCACACACUCCUUCAGGCUCCCCACAACACUCCCCAGCAAGAGCUCUCCACCAGCCUUUACUCUGCAACACAACUCCCAAUUAUUGGCUACAUCACCAGUGCUUCUGGUGGACCCCAGCAAGCAGUAACUGGUUAUCAGAGCAACCUGCCACAGCACGUAGUGAUCUCAGGCAACCCCUCCUUGCUCAUUCCGGUGAGUGCCACUAACAUUAAUCCAACUACUGCUGAGCCGGAGGUCACCCGCUGUUCUGUCAUCCCCAGUGUUGCCAAUGCAUCAACAGCUCUGCCUCAGACCUUUAUUAAUACAUCCCCACCUGCAGCUGCAGCUUCAGUCCUACCAAAUGGUAAAGACAUCACAGUCUCUGACGGAGGUCAUGCCUCCUGUGUCGUGCCAAGUCCAACCCAAAUACAGCUGCCUGUUCUUUCAGCCAGUGUAGUGGGGUCUCCAGUUCCUGUAACACCUCCAACAUCCACAAGCCCUCACAGUUCACCAUCAUCACCAUCAGCGGGCCUACCACCAUUCUUCAUGAAGGGCUCUAUUAUCCAGUUGGCAGACGGCGAACUAAAGCGUGUGGAGGAUCUGCGGACAGAGGACUUUGUGCAAAGUGCAGAGGUGAGUGGAGAACUGAAGAUUGACUCCAGCACUGUAGAGCGCAUAGAGUGCAGCCGCACACCCAAUGCUGUCAUCAUACAGUUCUCAGUGGGAGAGAACAAAGCCCAGGUCUGUGUCGAGGUUCUGGUGGAAUACCCUUUCUUUGUGUUUGGUCAGGGUUGGUCAUCCUGCUGCCCUGACCGCACCACCCAGUUGCUAGCACUAUCCUGUGCCAAACUCUCUGUGGGUGAUGUUUGUAUCUCUCUAACCCUUAAAAGCCUAAAAGAUAGCAUUCAAAAGAAAGGUAAUUUUUCAGACUCUUUGACGAAACACAAACCAGCCAAAAACAAUGGGCCAAUUGAGGAAAGACCAACCCAAAUGGAAGAUCCUAAGAAAGGACACAAAAUUACAUCAGGAGUGGAAAAUACUGCAGGAGCACUGGUUGAGACUUCUAACCCAAGAAAUGUGUUGACCCUCUUGGAGAAUGGGGGAAUAAUUUCUCAGACACAGGUGAACCUCCAGACCCAGGCAGAAAAAACAUGCACAUUUAGUGUCGAGAGAGCAGUUAGCCGUAAGAGGAGAUGGUCUGCUCCAGAGAGGGGAGAAAUGUGGAGGUCACAAGAGGACCCUCAGAUUUUACCCAAAUUUUCCUUCCUCCCACAUCAGCUGAAGGUCAGCAUUGAGGGCCGCUCCAGCACAGGUUGCUGAGGACGUUCAGAACUCCAUAGAGCAGUGGUGGGGAGUCAAUUUCUAACCAAGAAAUACAUUAAUUAGCCUUACUUAAUUAAUUUGAGAAAUCACAUAAUGGUGAUUAACUGAAUAAAAUUUAUUUUUGCUUGGUGUCCAAGAAAAUGCUUUUGCUUCAACAACAGAGACUCAGAAUACUUUCCCCAUCACUGCCAUGGACUCCAAGAGGGACAAGGAAGAGAUUUACUUUUUGGUACUUUGUUGCUUUCCUAUCACAUUCAUAUCCAGGUUACUGUAACUUUAGACCAUUUUACACAAAAAUGUGUUUGAUCAUUUGAGUCAUGUCAUAUGUAAUAUUUAUCCUUAGACAUUCUUUUUAAAUCAGCUGGACAUGACAGUUUUGGGUUGUAUAUUGCAAGGUCUGACCACUUUUUUCUCAGCUUGCUGAGCAGUUGGUGUCUAAUGUUAGUCUACUCUACUGUUAUGUGUACUGAAUUCAUUCAUAAUCAGGGCUUUGACUGGAUAAGGACUGUUACAUGGAUUGAUGGCAAAAGGUUAACAGUAAGACAUGUUUGUGUGACUAUGAUUACGAGUGACUUCCUCGAGUUGUGUGAACAUGAUUAUCUUGACAGAAGCAGCCUUCCACUUGUUACUGCCCCCAAUAAUCCCUUGCUUACAUAAUGCCAUCUGAGAAUGACAGGCUUUGCUCGAGUGACUACUUUGAAUCAGACUUAAGUCAAGUAAAGCAUCAAGAUACAACAUUGAAUGUUAAAUGAUUUAUCCUUAUAUGUUAAUUCAAUUGCUGAUAGUCUUCUAGAUAUGCAAUACUGAGCUUUCACAUACCUCAUGUGUGCAUUUAACAAUUAACCCAAUCAGAUGGCCUGAUCGGAUCUGUGAUCUCAGUUUUGUGUGAUAAAGCGUUGGAGAAAUCUUCACAUUGUCAAAGUGGCUGUGUAGAGAAAUCUCCGUUCAAGUCAGAAUUAGCACUUUAAAGAAAGGUUAGGGGAAGUUGAAUGAAUGGAUGGAAACAUUCCCACCUUUGUUUUGUUACUACAGCAACAGACCAUUUUGAGUGCUGUUAGUCAUUUUGUGCAUUACUACCCAUUUUAUGUGCAAAGCACUUCUCAUUUAGUGUUUUUCAAUAAUGUCUUCUUUACACUAUUUUAAGUAUUGUGGGCCUUAAACAGUCCAGCUGCAAUAAUGAAUUCUUUGUUAAAGACACAAUAUAAUUGCCAUACAACUAAAUCUACGCAGCAUACUCAAUGUUCAAAACAAGCCACGUUUUACAGGUUUAUCACAAGCAGAACUGGCCUUUUUGUAUUGACUUGUUUAUAUAAUAAAUUUAGCAUCUGAUAAAGUUAACAAAAUUACAUAGAUAUGAUCAAUUAAAUAGUAAGAAUCAGUGGGUCAAACAAGGGGGCUGUGCUGUGUUCAAUCUGGUCUGUCACUGAAAAUCUAAAUUUCCAGUAUGGGCAAAAAUGGAUUGGGAAGAUUGACAUAAAACAUCCUGAAAGGACUAUGCUUCAGUCUCUCACAGCCUAUUUUUUGUUUGCAUCAAAAUAAUUUAUAGCUACUACUCAGAAUAAUGUAUGUCAUCCACUGUGGGUCUCUUUUAUCAUUUUUAUUCUCCAUACUUGGCAGUAUGCUGCUAAUGACCUAAACAUGUCAUGGUGUCUUGUAACUUCUCUGCAGAGAAAAAAAAAAGAAUAUAAUAUGAAUGUUGAGACACUAUCUUUAGAUUUUAGUAUCCACAUUAUCUAUUUUCUCUGUCUUUAUCGUUGCUGUGCUGGUCAUGUUAAAGGAAUUAAUUUAGUACACUGCAAUGAAAAAUAACAGAGAAGGUAAUAAUCCAUAAAUUUUCUUUUUUAAAUGACAAAUGUAAUUGCUCUAUUCCAUAAACAAAAGCCUUAUGGGAUUGUCUUCAGAUGUAUUUUGUGUGAAACAGUCACAAAAUAAUUCUUAUCUAACUCAACUGACUGUUUAAUACAUAUGAGUGCUGUUAUAAAUUCAGAAAAAAAAAAAAUCUUUGAAUACAUAUAAGAAUUUUGCUAUUUGCACAAAUAGACAUUUUAAAGAGUAAAGCCGAGUGUAUGUAUGGAAUCUUAUAGUUAACACUUCAUAUUGCCAGCUCUGUAGGUCACCUAAAAAUGAUACAUUUUGAUAUGUGUGGUCAUGAGUGUGAGUUUGUUGACUGACUUGAAAAAGGUAUUGUUGCGUCUAGGGUUAUAUUCAGAUGGAAUCACAAUAGACCUCAUAUUGUAGAAGUAAUGCUUGAUUGCACAUUCAGUCCAAUUUGGAUUUGGAUUUUAUGCACUUUUGAAGAGAGAGGACAAUGAAAGAGAAAUGAAAGGGAUUGCUGAUUAGUAGCCACACAGCUACAGUAUGUUCAAUACAGUCUAUUGUACUGGUGAUAUUGGUAAGGCAGUAGAAAACUCAGUGCUAUGACAAUAGACUAGAAAUCAUUACAAAAGUGUCAAUGUUUCUGGAUUGUUGUUUGUUUCAUAUGUAUCAUUGUUCUCUCUCUUUUCUCUAUCUCUCUUUCCUGUGUAGCUAUGUACAUGUAAACCUCAGUGUGUUUGUGCACUGUGUGGAUAACUUCAUUGAAGACAGUCAGGUUUCAACACUGGUGACAACGAACGUUCUUUUAUCCAGUGUGGGCUAUUCUGUUUCAACCUAACAACAGCGAUUUAUUAUCAUCUGCAUCAAAAAAAAAACUUUUUUUGUUUGUUUGUUUUUAAAAAGAAGGCUGUCAACCACUUGAAGGCAUAAAAGCAUUAUAGCGAUUUAUAGUCAAACUUCAUUCUCAGGUUGAGAAACUGGCCCGACUGUUUAUGUUCCUGUUACUUUUUGCAAAAAUGCUCAGUUACAAAAAAAUGAGCUGGUGAUCAUUUUAGCUCCAGUGCUAUGACUCAUGGGAAGUCACUGGCUGACUAUUGCGCCCUCUACAGCCCAUCACUGUACAUGCACCCAAUGUACAAAAAGCUAACUUUUAACUAGCAUGAUGACAUGUGGUGAAUGUAGCUCACGUGCUUGCUAUUGAAAAUGCAUUCAUAUGGGAAAAUACAACUUUCUGUUGUAUGUACAAAUUUGGGCAUAAACAAUAUGGAUUUUUAUAUUAUAUAUAUUUAUCCAAAGACAGUCAGAAUUUGCUGUAUGCAUACGCCUCAAUGGUCCAUAAACAGGAUUAGUUCUAGCAAUACCACAAGGCCUCAUUUAGGGUUGGAAGACCAAACUUGAUGUCUAGAAAUUGACCUAUAGCAUACACAUCCUUGAUCUCGUUGUUUUUUUGUUUGUUUUUUUCAAGGAAGAUCUAGAUCUUUUACCUCCCGUUAAAACCUCAAACACCAGAGUGACAUUUCUUCAACAAAGAAGAAAAAAAGCACAUAACUGAUUUCUCAUUUUCUUAUAUAUUCGAUGUAAAUGACUAUAUUUGUGUGAUUCGUUGUACCUGUGAUAUUUUUCUCAUUCUUUGACGAGCUCCUUUUCUACAAACUGACAAAAAGCAAUUAAGACAGAAGUCAACCUCAACUUUUCUAACUGUGGCGUGUUUAUGUGAACAGAGCAUCCAAGACUGUUCAGUGAAGUCAGUGAUCAUUUCUUUGGUGGUGCUUGCAAUUUUUUGUAGCUGUUUUGAUUUUUUGUGAAAUGGAAAGGAACAUCGGACUCGACUUUUGGCUAAUAUGUCUAGUUCAAUGACUUCCUGUAUAGUACAAAUCUAUUGUAUCUGUAUAAUCACUCUAAUAAAAUACUGUGCCAAUUUUA